AUGGGGGAGAAAACAGCAGAGGCCGAGGCCGAGAAGCCCAGUCUCCUCACACGUUGCACCACAUUCACCCGUCUUCUAUUCUAUGGCAGUCCCUCCCUUAAGGAAGCCCUCGUGUUGCUCACGGGCCUAAUCUCCGCCAUCGCCUCGGGGAUCCCCUUCCCUAUAAUGGCGAUUGUGUUCGGUCAGCUCGUCGAUGAGAUGAACUCGUCGACGUGCAAUGCAACGCCCGAAAACGCAGACUCAUACCAAUCCAGCAUCAACGCCAAGGUCCUGCAGAUCGUCUAUAUUGGCAUCGCAUAUUUCGUCCUCAUAUACAUCUAUGUCUUUUGCUGGAAUAUUUCCGGAGAGUGGCUUGCGCAGCGGUUACGCGAAAGAUACUUUCAGAGUCUCUUGCGUCAGGACGCAGGUUUCUUCGAUACUUUGGCGCCUGGAGAGGCUUCGUCACGUAUUACUGGGGAUAUCAGUACGAUCCAGCAGGGGACAAGCGAGAAGGUGGGAAUUGUACUUAACAGCAUUGCGUUCUUUGUGACGAGUUAUGUGGUCGCGUUUAUCAAGGAUGCUCGGUUGGCCGGAAUGCUUGUCUCCCUCGCGCCUGCGUACCUGAUCAUGUCGUUGGCCGGAGGGUAUUUUGUGCGGAAGUACUUUGGGCGGGCUCUAGAGUGCAUGGCGGCUGCGUCGGCCGUUGCUCUGGAGGCGUUCAGCAAUACGAUGCUCGUGCAUGCGUUUUCGGCGGGUGGGAGGCUUGAAGAGCGCUUCAUUGAGCACCUGGGGCCUGCCCGGGUCGCGGGUAUUCGCAAGUCAAUCGCGACAGCUACGCAGGCCGGCUUGCUGUACUUCAUUGCGUUCUCGGCAAAUGCGCUGGCUUUCUGGCAGGGGUCGAUGAAGAUUGCGGGCGCGGUUGAGGGAGGUGCGGAUGGGGUCACUGUGGGGAAUACGUAUACUGUGAUCCUGGUGUUGGUUGAUGCGAGUUUGAUACUGAGCCAGGUUGCGCCGUUCCUGCAGAGCUUUGAUGCGGCAGCCGUGGCGUUUAAAAAGUUGGAGAAGGAUAUCGAGAGGCCGAGUCCGAUUGAUGGAACCGCUGAUUCUGGCCUUGUUCCGGCAGCAGCAAAGAUAGAGUCGGAUAUCGAGUUUCGCAACGUCUCGUUUCGGUUCCCUUCAAGGCCUGAUAAACCGAUCCUGCAGGAUCUGACGCUGCGCAUCCCGGCAGGCAAGCAGACGGCGCUUGUCGGACUGAGUGGCAGCGGCAAGUCAACUGUCGCGGGCUUGAUCACGCGGUUCUAUGAUGCUGAGGAAGGGCAGGUGACGAUUGGGGGCCAUGACGUGCGCGAGCUGAAUGUGCGGUUUCUGCGCAGUGCUAUUAGUCUUGUCCAGCAGGAACCUUGUCUGCUCGAUCGGUCGAUACUGGAGAAUAUUGCUCUUGGACUGGUGAACUCCUCAGCACAUGUGCAUUUGAUGGAUGUGCUGAAGAGCAGUGCCUUGGAGGAUAUUGCCACUGCUAUUCGGGAAAAAGGCUUGAGUCUCAACCACGCCAUUGACUUGCAACCCAGCAACAAAGACCAGAUCCGCGAGAUUGUGUCCUUGGUCGAAACAGCAGCUGGCCUAGCAGACGCAAGCAACUUCAUCAACAAGCUCGACCACGGCUACGCAACAAUGGUCGGAUCAAGCGGGAACCUCAUCAGUGGGGGCCAGAAGCAGCGUAUCUCGAUCGCCCGAGCCUUGGUCAAAAGCCCCCAAAUCCUUAUCCUUGAUGAAGCCACCGCAUCUCUGGAUUCCGCUACGGAAUUACGCGUGCAACGGGCGUUGGAGGCGGCGGCUGCUGGACGCACUCUAGUCACUAUAGCCCAUCGGCUCUCGACCAUCAAGAAGGCGGAUAACAUUAUUGUGAUGAGACAGGGAAAGCUCAUUGAGCAGGGCUCUCAUGCAGAACUUCUUGCGGCAGAUGGAGCGUAUGCAGAGCUGGUAAGGUUGCAGAAUCUCAAUGUCAAUGCCUCGCAGGAGAGUGCGUCUUCGUCUGCUCGGCCGUCACUGGACAGUACGGCGCUUGAGAAAGAAAGGAAUGCAGAGGUAACAUCGGUACAAGACGACGAAAGCUCCACUCCAUCCCCUAAAGAGAAGCCAGCAGACGAAGAACCAGUUACUACCGAGCGCUCUGUCGGUUCUACCUCUAAGGCCAUUGCCUCUCUCUUCCGUCCGUACUCGCUAGCCCUCCUUGUAGCCAUCAUCGGUGCCGUCGUCAUCGGAGGCACAUACUGCGGUUCUGCUGUCAUAUUCGGUAACGUUGUGGGCAAGCUAAGCUCGUGCGAGACAGCAGAAUCCAUCCGCCACGCGGGAGAAUUCUGGGGGCUCAUGUUCUUCGUCCUGGCUCUGAUUGAGUUUUUCGCAAACCUCAUCAGCUGGUCCCUCUUCGGCUGGAUCGCGGAGCAGCUCAUAUAUAAAGUCCGCGUGCUCUCUCUACGUUCCAUUCUCGAGCAGAAGCUGGAAUGGCAUGAAGCGCGCACACCCUCCGGCCUCCUAUCACUCAUUGUCAAGGACAGCAACGCGCUCAAUGGCCUCACGGGAUCCGUCAUUUGCACAAUCCUCAGCAUCCUCGUCAACCUCUUCGCCGCCAUUAUUAUGACCCACAUCAUUGCCUGGAGAAUUGCACUCGUUUGUCUCUCCGUCGUGCCACUUCUCUUGGGCGCUGGGUUCAUGCGUGUCUCAACCUUAGCCCGCUUUGAGGAGCGCCACAAUGACGCCUUCGCCCGCUCCCUGGGCAUAACCGUCGAAGCCGUGACAUCCAUUAAGACCGUCCACGCGCUGGCCAUUGAGUCCGAAGUUCUUUCCACCUACCGCCGCUCCCUGCAGGGCCCCAUGCGCGAGAUAACAGGGCAAUCCGCCUUCACCAACCUCUGGCUCGCCGUCGGUUACGGCCUCAGCAACUUCGUCUAUGCGCUUGCAUACUGGUGGGGUGCGAAGCAGAUUAUCGCUGGUCACUACACCCAGACACAGUUCUUCAUUGUUCAGCUGGCCCUGCUCGUCUCGUCUCAGCUCUGGGGCCAGAUGUUUGCUUUGGCUCCUGAUGUGUCUCGCGCCGUGCAGGCCACCCGCCGGCUCUUGAACUUGCUGGACCUAGGCUCAACGAAGAGACUCUCCGAUCCCAUCUUACCCCCUCACUCGGCAUCAACAGAUAUCGAAGCAACCUCGCACCCAUCCGAAAAACCCCCUCCCCCUGAUCCAUCAGGCACGCAGUCCGGCCUCAGCGUCUCCUUUAAGCAAGUUCAAUUCACCUACCCGGCCCGCCCAGACACCCAGGUCCUACACGGGCUAGAUCUCACCAUCUCCGCAGGGCAAUUCGCCGCGCUCGUUGGGCCCUCCGGUGCUGGGAAGUCAACCAUAAUAUCCCUUAUCGAACGCCUCUACACACCCAGUUCUGGAACAAUCGAGCUUGGCAACCGCAACAUCGCACACAUGGACGCCUCCUUCCGCGACGAGGUUGCCUAUGUCCCGCAACACUCCGUCCUUUUCGACGGGUCCAUCAGGUUCAAUCUUGAACUCGGUGCGCGGCCGAACCAGGCCCUUUCACAAACUGAGAUUGAGGAAGCGUGUAAGCUUGCCAAUAUCCACGAUACAAUUGUGUCUCUACCAGACGGGUAUGACACAGCCGUUGGACCGAACGGUGACAGACUAAGCGGUGGUCAGAAGCAGCGUCUUGCGAUUGCAAGGGCAUUGCUGAGAAGGCCGAGACUGUUGCUGCUGGAUGAGUCGACGAGUGCGCUGGAUGCGGAGAGCGAGCGGUUACUGCAGGAUGGCUUGGAGAAGGCGGCAAGGGGAAUCACUGUCAUUGCAAUUGCUCAUCGGCUGUAUACGAUUCGCAAGGCGGAUGUGAUCUUCCUCAUUGAAGAGGGGAGGUGUGUGGAAAGGGGGUCGCAUACAGAACUGAUGGAGAGGAGUGAGAGUUAUCGGGUUAAUGCCCUGAAUCAGGCUGUGGAUGGCUAAAAAGGAACGCAUAGCAUAAGAUAUUUAGGUUGCUUAUAUAUAGAUGAAGGACACAGUAUCGGAUUGGUUAGCAUGCAUAUAGAACAUUAAUACAG